ACCGGAUUCAGCUCCUAUUCGGACCCCAAAUAACCGCCCUAAUCUCCCGUACCCGCUUCUCUGUCCUCCUUCUCUAAACUCCUCUGCCGCAAAACUGUCCCUCUCUCUCUCUCUCUGCACAUUCAAUCUCCGACUCUCUUCAGACCUAAAGACCAAUGUCUCGAAUAUGCGUGAAGAAUUUGCCAAAGUACGUAGCUGAGGAUCGGCUCAGAGAAUUAUUUUCUCAGAAAGGAGAAGUUACGGAUGCCAAGCUCAUGCGAACCAAAGAUGGUAAGAGUAGGCAGUUUGGGUUUGUGGGUUAUCGAACUGUGCAAGAAGCUGAAGAAGCUCUCAAGUAUUUCAACAAUUCAUAUAUGGAUACUUACAGAAUUACUUGUGAGAUUGCUCGUAAAGUGGGGGAUCCAGAUAUUCCUCGUCCAUGGAGUCGGUAUUCCUUGAAGAAGCAAGAGACAGUAACUGAGGAGGUGAAGAAAGUUGGUCCCAAAAGUGUGGGCAUUGCAAGUUCUAAGGAAGAAAAAAAGAUUAGUACAAUGGACAGUGGAAGUGAUGACCCUCAGCUUCAGGAGUUCCUGCAGGUAAUGCAGCCCCGUGUCAAGUCAAAAUUGUGGGCGAAUGACAUAUUGACAGCUCCCAUUAAUGAGCAAAAUGGAAAAGGUGGUGACAAGAACACUAAAAUAAAAAAGGUAGGCAAAGAGAAAUUGGCUCAAGUGCUGGAUGAGCUAGAUGAAACUGAUAAAAGUGAAAAUGGGUCAUUAGAUGCUCAGGUAGCUGAAAAAUCAAAUAAGAUGGCUCGUGAUGAAGUUAUCUCAGAUAUGGAUUACUUCAAAAGUAGAGUACAGACAGAGUGGUCAGAUUCAGAAAGUAGUGAUGACAAGGAUGAUGGUGACGAUAGUGACGAAGAUGGUGUGGGAAACAUUUCUCUGAAGAAAAGUGAUGUGCGCCGAGAUGUUCAGAAAGUAGAUCCUAAGGUACAGCAUGAUUCCUUUGAAAGAGAAGCUUCUGAACAGAAGUUUGAAGAGGACUCUUAUGAAGAUUCUGAGCAUGAGAUGAUUGAUUCGGGUGAUCCAUCGUCGAGUUUGAAAGAUGAUGAAAAAGAAAUUUCAGAGAUUAGUCGUCUUUUUGUCCGUAACCUUCCAUAUACUGCAACUGAGGAUGAGCUGGAAGAGCAUUUUAGCAAAAUCGGCAAUGUUUCCCAGGUUCAUCUCGUUGUUGAUAAAGAUACAAAGCGGUCAAAAGGAUUUGCUUAUGUAGUUUACACGCUUCCAGAAUCUGUAGCUAGAGCAUUAGAAGAGUUGGACAAUUCAAUUUUUCAAGGGAGAUUAUUGCAUAUUAUGCCAGCAAAGCAAAAAAAUAACUCUGAGAAACAAGAGAUCAAUGCUUCUGCAAAUGUAUCUUCAAAAACACUUAAGCAACGGAGGGAGGAUGAGCGGAAGGCAUCUGAAGCCAGUGGAAAUACACAAGCAUGGAACAGUUUGUUCAUGCGCCCAGAUACGGUGGUUGAAAACAUUGCUAGAAAAUUUGGUGUAAGUAAAAGUGAUCUACUUGACCGAGAAGCCGAUGAUCUUGCUGUCCGUAUUGCUUUGGGAGAAACUCAAGUAAUUGCAGAGACAAAAAAAGCUCUUGUAAAUUCAGGAGUUAACAUAGCCUCAUUAGAAGAAUUUGCUAGUGGGAGAACUGAUGGUGCGAAGAGAAGUAACCAUGUUAUAUUAGUGAAGAACUUGCCUUACGGUUCUUCUGAAAGUGAAAUGGCUAAGAUGUUUGGCAAAUUUGGGAGCUUGGACAAAAUUAUUCUCCCUCCAACACGAACAUUGGCUUUGGUUGUUUUCCUUGAACCAGCUGAGGCACGUGCAGCUUUCAGAGGUUUAGCAUACAAACGUUACAAGGACGCUCCACUGUAUUUGGAAUGGGCACCUGGUGAUAUUCUUAGUCAAAAUUUCACUUUUGUUGAUGAUGCAAAAAAUACUGUCAUUGUUGGUGAGCAUGAGGCCAAGAGGGUAUUAUUAGAGCAACAUGUGGAAGGAAUAGCAGAUGCUGACAUUGAUCCUGAAAGAAUUGAGUCACGUUCAUUAUUUGUGAAGAACCUCAACUUUAAAACAUCUGAUGAGGCACUGCGAAAGUAUUUUAGUGAACAAAUCAAAGAGGGAAAAGUCCUUAGUGUCCGGGUGAAGAAGCACUUGAAAAAUGGAAAGAAUGUCUCAAUGGGUUUUGGUUUCUUAGAGCUUGAUUCUGUUGAAACGGCAGCAAAUGUUUGCAGGGAUUUACAGGGAACUGUUUUGGAUGGGCAUGCUCUCAUUUUGCAACUUUGUCAUGCUAAGAAGGAUGACCAAGUACGGAAAAAUGUUGACAAGGAUCGGAGUUCAACAAAAUUAAUUGUGAGAAAUGUAGCUUUUGAGGCAACAGAGAAAGAUCUCAGACAGCUGUUCAGCCCAUUUGGCCAGAUUAAAAGCUUGAGGUUGCCAAUGAGGUUUGGAAACCACAGAGGCUUUGCUUUUGUGGAGUAUGUUACAAAGCAAGAGGCACAUAAUGCACUUCAAGCUCUUUCAAACACUCAUCUGUACGGUCGCCAUCUGGUUCUUGAAAGAGCAAAGGAAGGUGAGACCUUGGAAGAAUUACGGGCUAGAACAGCUGCUCAGUUUAGUGAUGGGCAAGAUGGGUUAGGUUCAACCAAGUUAUCAAAGAAAAGGAAACACAUGGCCGUCUUGGAUGAAGGGAGCGUUAAAUUUGAAAGGAUUGCUAAUUAAUGUUUCAAAAUAUUUUCAUAUGAGUUAUGUUUCUCAUGUGUCCUUAUAUAAUAUAUGUUUUUUGUUUUUUGCUUUCCCCUUAUUUUAUAUGUUGAGUUGGCCCCAUUUUUCCAUGUUGGGUGCUGGUAGAAUGUAAGUGGAUCAUGUAUGAGUCAGCUGAAAUGUUAAAAAUUGAGUUCUAUGUUUC